GGGUAUGAGACAUUCAGCUGGCCAUUGGCCUCGAGGUACUCUACUCAGCCUUCUCUAUUUCAAUUUAAUUUGCAUAACUCCAUGUUCAUUAAUAAUGUAUUACAAACCCUAAACACACAUUUAAGUAGCCAUAAGACACAUGUAUGAUGCAGGUGGUCAGGUUACAACCCUUCCGGUAGCGAGAAGGGUCCUAGAGUGCAGAUGUAAAGGCUGAGGAUAGACCGGUUACAGGACAGAGAGGUUGUGCAUCCAGAGGCUUUGGAGCCUCGGCAUAUGGCGUUGUGGCGGUCUGUGAUGUCGCUGAUCUACUUUGCCGUCAUAGAGUGGCAUCAGAUAGAUAGGGUGCUUCCGCAGUUCGGAGGGGUGCAGCCUCGUCCGAAUCCCGCCCUGAACAUCGACUUUCUGAUGUCGAAGGAUGGCAGAGGUGGUGAUCGAUGGUUCCCGUACCAUUUGCAGAAGUGGCAUCUCUAUUGGGACGACCGUGCGGAGACCGUGCUGAGGUUCGAUGUUGUUGCCGACCCUGGACCAUCGCAUGAGUUCCUCGAGUGGUGGAGUCAGCAUGGAAAGAGGUUCCUGUCUCCGGAGAUGCACUUGGGGGAUCCGAGGGCGGUUCCUAUUCCAAUUGAGGCCUCACAGCGGGGUGCUGGGCGAGUUCCUGACAUGGAUCGACCUGAGGACGUGCCGGACAGGCGGCGGGUUGAGAGGAGAGCUCGUGUCGGGACACGACAGAGCCAGCGUGACUGGAGGUGGCUUGAGCAUGCUAUGGACCAUGAUGACGAUGCGGGUCCCGCUGGAGGUAGACGACGAGGCCAGGGAGGGAGACGGAGAGGGCGUGUUGCGGCGGACCACCCUGGUCGUGACCCUGACGACGAUCAGCAUGGGCCCGUGGGCGGGGAUGGUGCAGGGGCUGUAGCAGUUGCUGGUGUUAGUACCCACGAUUGCGGACAUGGAGGUGAGUGGUAUGGGUCAGGUAUGGGUGACGGGGCUGACCCUGGGGACGCUGGACUCAGGUCGGGGCCUCUUGGAGAUUACUUCGUUGGUGUACCCGCCCAUGACCAGCCUCAGCAGGAGGGUACCCCAUGGGUUAUUCCGGGAUCACAGUGGUCAGACUUCCUUGCCUCAGAUACGCUAGAUGCGGACUUCGGGGUCAGCAGUUUCUAGAGGAGAUUACCGCCAUCAU